GGAGCUGAACAGUGCGCCCGCGCUAGCCUGCCAUUGGGACCAUCCCACCAAAUUCCCCAAAUUAUUUUUUUGAGUCGCAUAGAACAUACAGCACCGCAUACAGCAUACAAUCCACACACAACACACCACACCACACCACACCACACGCACAAUGUCGAAGCGACCCGCCGACGCAGACCAGGAGCACGAGCGCGACGCCAUCAAGAAUGGAGAACGCCCCAUGGAAGUCGACCAGGACGAGGUGGGCGAGUUCGAGGACGAGUUCGAGGACGAGUUUGAGAGCGACGACGAGAUCCUCGAGGCCGGCGUGGAUGGGCGGCCAGACGAAGAGCGCGAGGCCGAGGAGCGAGAGAACGCCAUGGAAGUCGACCAGGGCACCUUUAUACCCGGCCGCCACAAGCUCUCGCCCGGCGAAACCCUCAACCCCGACCUCUCCACAUACGAGAUGCUGCACACACUCGAGGCGCCGUGGCCGUGUCUGACGUGCGACAUCCUGCCAGACAGCCUGGGCGCAGACCGCAAGACAUACCCCGCAACCGUAUACGCAGUGGCAGGCACACAGGCGGCGCGCGGGAGAGACAAGGAGAACCAGAUCAUGGUCAUGAAGAUGAGCAGUCUGUCGCGCAUGGAGCGCGAAGACGAAGAGGACGACGACGACGAUUCAGACGACGAGGGCUCCGACCCCAUCCUCGAGACAAAAUCAAUCCCGCUGACAAGCUGCACAAACCGCAUACGCGCACACCAGACCCCGCAGACAACGGCCGCGAAACCCCCCACCACCCUCGCCGCCGCCAUGACAGAGUCCGGCCAGGUCCUCAUCUACGACGUCACCCCACACCUCACUGCCUUCGACACCCCCGGCACCACAAUCUCCCCCACCCAGAACAAGCCCGCCUGCACAAUCCGCGCACACAAGUCCAACGAAGGCUACGCGCUGGACUGGUCGCCCCUCGUCCCCGAAGGCAAGCUCCUAACCGGCGACAUCACAGGCAACAUCUUCGCCACAACACGCACCCAAGGCGGCGGCUUCGUGACCGACACAACGCCCUACACGGGCCACCGCGGCACAGUCGAAGAGCUACAAUGGUCGCCGACAGAAAAACACGUCUUCGCCUCCUCCUCCAACGACGGCACAGUCAAGAUCUGGGACGCCCGCUCCAAAUCACGCAAACCAGCCGUCAGCAUCCAGGUCUCAGACACAGACGUAAACGUCCUCAGCUGGUCGCACCAAACCGCCCACCUCCUCGCCUCGGGCGCCGACAACGGCGAGUGGGCUGUCUGGGACUUGCGCCAGUGGAAACCCUCCACCUCCCUCGCUAGCGAACCACGUCCCUCCCCCGUCGCGAACUUCACCUUCCACAAGGAACAAAUCACCUCCGUCGAAUGGCACCCCACAGAUGACAGCAUCGUGCUUGUCUGCGCCGGCGACAGCACACUCACGCUCUGGGAUCUGGCCGUCGAGCUCGACGACGAGGAGAGCAGGGAUACGGCGGGCGUCCAGGAUGUGCCCCCCCAGCUGCUGUUUGUGCACUACAUGGAGCAGAUCAAGGAGGCGCAUUGGCAUCCGCAGAUUCCUGGCGCCGUUAUGGCGACGGGGGGGUCGGGCUUUGGUGUGUUCAAGACGAUUAGCGUGUAGAUGCGCCUCUCUUCCACCGUCUUUGGACAGGGAGUAAGGAAAUUCAAACACGAGCAAAUUGAGAAUUGCUGAG